CUUGUUUUCUGUGCUGAAUUUACGCACACUUUGUGCUGUCGUGACCUGUGCAUCGUCGCGGACGCUGCUCUCUGCAACUGCCCGGCCGUGCCGUGCUCUGUGCCCGACCUUCCUUGCACUCACUCGACUGCUGUUAGCAAGCCACAUCCCUCCCACCCACACUCGACACAAAAACAACAACAAUAAUGGCUGGAAGAAGUGCAACGGAGCUCGGGUCGGCGCUGUUCACGGUCCUACGCGAGGCAAACAGCCCAGAGAAGCACACGGAUGAAGCCUUUAACAACCUGUUGGAGUAUGCGUUUGCCAACAUCCACCUGCUGCGCAACAUGAACGAGAAGCAGCGCAUUGCUGCAGUGUGGCACUUGGUUGAGCUCGGCGGCAUCCCCUUGAUUGUCAAUGCCCUCCAACCCGCCCACAAAGCCAUGAGCAUGGGCAUGACCCUCAUGGGCAUGCUCUUCAAAGAUGAAAACCUGCUGUCUCACAAGCUGGGGCGACUCAUUCUGACGAACAAAAAGUUCUUGCCGGCAAUUGAGGCUGGCAUGCAGCUUGGUCGCGAUGAGAUGAUGCCGCUUCUUGUGUGCCAGGUCCUCCACAACGUCAUGCGAACCGCUUCAACCCAGCACUUGAAGGAGAUUGCGGAGCACGGGAGACUGGCGAAGCAAAUGCUGUUCCUGAUGCAGCACAGCUUGGAGACGCUCAAGGACUGGCGGCUCACAUAUGUCACCGUGGACAUGAUUCUUCUCCUGGAGAUUGCAAACGCCCACGAGACACUCGACAAGCUGAAACACUAUGACGCGAUGAUGGUACUGCUUGAGAAGAAAUACCGCCCUGCCCUGACGGAGCACGCCCCGCUCCUCAACCGCUGCCUCGCCACCCUCUUCCUCUGGUCCAUGCGCUCCAGGCACUCAAAGGACGAAGCGCUGCAGGCGCGGCGGCAGGAGCUCUUCCGCCUCAUUGCUGCGCUAAAGGAGGACCUCCCAGAGGCGUUUAAGCAGCCGGAGGAAGUGGACGGCAAGUCGCCCCCGUCGUUCCACCAAGCUGCCACCACCGUCAACCUCUGCAUCGCUCUUGACGAACUGUCAAAGGGCGACGAGUCGCACGCCCUCCCGCUGCACCUCACCGUCAAGUCUCGGAUUCGCAACUGGGAUGCCAUUGAGCGAGAGGCGGAGCAGAAGGUCCGCUCUCCCGACUUCAAGAAGAUGAGCAUGAAGCAGGCUGGGCAGGGCGACAAGGACAAGGAGGCAGCGCCGGUUGUUGAAGUGAGCAGUGACGAGAGCAGUGAUGACGGUGACAGUAGCGAUGAUGACCAUGAGGGUGAUGGCGUUGAUGAAGAGCAGGGAGCAAGCAGCCGGAAGCGGCAGAUGAAAGCCAAGGCGCCGCCGUCAGCAAAGGGCGAUAAGGCGCCAAGCGCAACAGAUGAGGGCUCGAAGCAGCAGCAGCCGGCACCUGCCCGCUCUGAACAGGCCAGCCAGCCUUCGCCAGAGGUGCAAGCAGCGCUGCAGGCUGCUGCGGCCAAGAAGACGGAGGGCACGACGUACUUUCGCGGUGCCAUGUACGAUGACGCCUUUGAUUUGUAUUCGGAGGCACUCCAGGCGCUGGACGCUGCUCCCGUCGCCUCGGACCAGGUCAACCAGGAGCGCGCCAAGCUGCUCGGCAACUGCGCAGAGUGCCGGUUGAGGGAGGAGAAGUAUGACGGCGUGGCCGAGCUAUGCGACCGCGCGCUUGCAGCGGACCCGACCUUCACCAAGGCGUACUUCCGCAAGGCCAAGGCGCUCAAGGCCCUUGGGUCCUUGGAGGCGGCACAAGACGCUGUUCGGGAGCUCUUGGCGGUGGAGCCGGCCAACAAGCCCGCAACACAGCUACUCCAAGACAUCAAGACGCAGUUGAAGGAGCAAACUAAGCAGUAGAUUGAUCUGAUUUGCAUCUGCUUUUUGCUUUUGUUUCCUUGCUCGGACAUCAUGUUUCCGCUUCUCUUCUGUGGCCCCUCUGGUAUUCAUUAUCUCGACAUCUCAAAUACACAGCAAAGGCAAUAGCCAUCACACAUCUUCCUCCUCCUUCUCCUCCAUCACAUCCCCGUCCCGCCUUGUGUACCCCGUGUCGUUGUGUGUGUUUAUCAUGUGUCUUUUUUGGUUGUGCACGGUGCCUGAUGCAGCCAGAGAGUCUUUUUCAAGUCCUUCAUAAAUCCAAACCCAC